AUGAACAACCCUAGCUAACUGAGGUGGUGUUGUGAUGAACUGUCACCAGCCCAGGUACAAUAACACUUUGUCUCAGUGUUUCAAGAUAAGGGUUCGCUUUUCGUGAAGAUAAGGAGGGAGACGAGUCUUACGGCGGAGAGGAGACAUGGAGGACGAUGCCCCUGUCAUUUAUGGCCUUGAAUUUCAGGCUCGAGCUCUCACUGCCCAGACAGCUGAAACGGAUGCCAUUCGCUUCCUUGUGGGCACACAGUCACUCAAGUUUGACAACCAGAUCCACAUCAUUGACUUUGAUGAUGAGAAUAACAUCAUUAAUAAGAACGUCCUUCUGCACCAAGCUGGGGAGAUAUGGCACAUUGGCGCCAGUCCUGCAGAUAAGGCUGUGCUUACCACCUGCUAUAACAAAACCAGUGACAGCAGGGUGGUGUCCUGUGCGGCGGUGUGGCGGAUGCCCUCCGAUUGGGAGACGGGAAGCCACGAGUCGCCAGACGACUCCGCCCACAACCCCCAGACCCUGGAGCUGCUCUGUCACCUUGACAACAGCGCCCACGGCAACGCUGCCUGUGUACUGUGGGAGCCCAUGGGGGACGGCAAGCGUGUGAUUUCAUUGGCUGAUAACCAUGCACUACUCUGGGACCUGCAGGAGAGCUCCACACAGGCCACGGUGUCCAGCACUGCCACCCUAGAGGGCAAAGGUCAGCUGAAGUUCACCUCAGGCAAGUGGAGCCCGCACCACAACUGCAGCCAGCUAGCCACAGCGAACGACACGGCCAUCCGAGGCUGGGACCUGCGCACCAUGAGUCAGAUCUACUGUAUAGAGAACGCCCAUGGACAGCUGGUGCGCGACCUGGACUUCAACCCGAACCGCCAGUACUACCUGGCCAGCUGCGGAGACGACUGCAAGGUCAAGUUCUGGGACGUCCGCAAUGUGCAGGAGCCCGUCAAGACCCUGGAGGAGCACUCCCACUGGGUAUGGAGUGUCCGCUACAACCACAGCCACGACCAGCUGGUGUUGACGGCCAGCAGUGACAGCCGCCUCAUCCUCUCCAACAUGGUGUCCAUCUCCUCGGAGCCCUUCGGACACCUGGUGGACGACGAGGAGCUCAGCGAGGGGGAGGACAACCACCAGGAGGACAAAGGUAAGGAGCCCCUCACAGACAGCGUGGUGUCCACCUACGAGGAGCACGAAGACAGCGUGUACGCGGCCGAGUGGUCGUCGGCCGACCCCUGGCUCUUCGCCUCCCUCAGCUACGACGGACGCCUCGUCAUCAACAGGGUCCCGCGCGCCCUCAAAUACCGCAUCCUGCUCUGAGGGGGAGGGGUGGGAGAGGUGAUUCAGGAGAGGAAAUGAGUGUGUGUGCAUCUUUUAUGUGUGUGUGUGUGAGAGAGAGAGGAGAGAGACAACUGGACAAUACAUUAUACAUCAAUACACAUUAACUACAAACAGCUACCAUUAGACAUUCCAUAAUACCUCAGUAAAUCUGCUGCACAAGACACUGCAAACCCAUGUGGGGGCAGCAAUGGCAAAGAUACUGUACAGCAUGUGUGUGUGUGUGUGUGUGUGUGUGUAAUGUGUCCUAAUGUUCCAUUAACGGUGGUAACUUAAAUAUUCUGUGCUGGCUGCUCGAAUUAAAGUGGUGUAAAAACAA